GAGAAGAAUCGGUGACCGGAAGUUAUCUGGCUGACCGGAAGCGAGGCCUGAGGGAAAGUGCGGAUGCCCGGAGGGAGGAGCUUUCCACGGAAGGGGGCGGAGGGGACGCUCGGAGCGGCCGGCGUCCUGCGUGUCUCCGCUUUGAGGCUGAGCGGAGGACGCCGAGCGACCGACCGGUGGGCUUCAGAGAGCCCGAGUCCGGCUGAGCUCCGGCGAGACCCGGUGCCUCACGACCCCGAGAGCCGAACGGGAGGGAUUCCUGUCACCCGGGCACCUGAGGAGUAGCCAGGGUGCAGCCCGUAGGUCAGGCUUGGGGCGCUGCGCGAGGAGCUGGGUUUGUAGCUGACUUCCACGGUGCUGUCUGCCGGGUAGAGUUACGCUCCGCGCCUUUGUACAGGAGCCGGCGCCUGCUGGGGCAAGGAAGGAGCCGGGAUGGCCUGGGCUCUGAAGCUGCCGCUAGCCGACGAAGUGAUCGAGUCGGGGCUGGUGCAGGACUUUGAUGCUAGCCUUUCCGGCAUUGGCCAGGAACUGGGUGCUGGUGCUUAUAGUAUGAGUGAUGUCCUCGCAUUGCCCAUUUUUAAGCAAGAAGAGUCAAGUUUGCCUCCCGAUAAUGAGAACGAGAUUCUGCCUUUUCAGUAUGUCCUCUGUGCUGCCACGUCUCCAGCGGUGAAGCUCCACGACGAGACCCUGACCUACCUCAAUCAAGGACAGUCUUAUGAAAUCCGAAUGCUAGACAAUAGAAAACUGGGAGAGCUUCCAGAACUCAACGGCAAGCUGGUGAAGAGCAUAUUCCGCGUAGUGUUCCACGACAGGCGACUGCAGUACACUGAGCACCAGCAGCUGGAGGGCUGGAGGUGGAACCGACCAGGAGACAGGAUUCUCGACAUAGAUAUUCCAAUGUCUGUGGGUGUCAUUGAUCCCAGGGCCAAUCCUACCCAGCUAAACACAGUGGAGUUCCUGUGGGACCCUUCAAAGAGGACAUCUGUGUUUAUUCAGGUGCACUGCAUCAGCACUGAGUUCACCAUGAGGAAGCAUGGCGGGGAGAAGGGGGUGCCAUUCCGAGUGCAGAUCGAUACCUUCAAGGAGAAUGGGAACGGAGAGUACACAGAGCACUUGCACUCGGCCAGCUGCCAGAUCAAAGUCUUCAAGCCUAAGGGUGCAGACAGAAAACAAAAAAUAGAUAGAGAGAAAAUGGAGAAACGGACGCCCCAUGAAAAAGAGAAAUAUCAACCUUCUUAUGAGACAACCAUACUCACCGAGUGUUCUCCGUGGCCUGAGAUCACCUACGUCAACAAUUCCCCAUCCCCUGGCUUCAACAGCUCCCAUAGCAGUUUCUCUCUUGGGGAAGGAAAUGGCUCGCCCAACCACCAGCCGGAGCCACCCCCUCCAGUCACGGAUAACCUCUUGCCAACAACCACGCCUCAGGAAGCCCAGCAAUGGCUGCAUCGAAACCGGUUCUCCACAUUCACGAGGCUUUUCACCAACUUCUCAGGGGCAGAUUUACUGAAACUAACUAGAGACGACGUGAUCCAAAUCUGCGGCCCUGCAGAUGGAAUCAGACUCUUUAAUGCAUUAAAAGGCCGGAUGGUGCGGCCAAGGCUAACCAUUUAUGUCUGCCAGGAGUCGUUGCAGUUGAGGGAGCAGCAGCCACAGCCGCAGCCACAACAGAAGCAGGAGGAUGGGGAUUCACAUGGUACUUUCUUCGUGUACCACGCUAUCUAUCUCGAGGAGCUGACAGCUGUCGAACUCACAGAAAAAAUUGCUCAGCUUUUCAGCAUUUCUCCUCACCAGAUCAGCCAGAUUUACAAGCAAGGGCCGACAGGGAUCCAUGUUAUCAUCAGCGAUGAGAUGGUACAGAACUUCCAGGAAGAAGCCUGCUUUAUUCUGGACACAAUGGAAGAAACCAGUGACAGCUAUCAUGUCAUUCUCAAGUAAGACGAGGUCCUACCUUUGAUGGCUGCUGCUGCCUUCACCUCUUGACGGCUGCCUUCCCCUCUUCACCUUCUGAAGGGGACAUGACUGGAGAUUAAAGAGCUUCAGGAACCUGGCACAUCUGAAUGUUGGGGGGAGGGGGGAGGCGUGUCCUGUGCAGGGUGAGCAGGCCCCAAGGUGGAAUCCCAGAGUCCUGUAUUGGCCCCUGUGAUCACUGACGUCCUCUGAUCACUGGCCGGACAUGGAGCCAGCAGUUUCCUUAUUUUCUGGCCCCUGUUGAUACCAGGAAGAAGCCCCAUCAUUAGGGUUUGUAGAGGGCAGAGUGGUAAUGGGAGUCAUGUGAUGUUUUCUAGGAAGAUGUUUAGUUUUGUGAUACAGAGCUCUGACAUUUUACUGAUCUAAACGUGAACAUCUGUCUUCAUAAAACCAAGCUCUCUCUCUUGCCUCAAGCCUAUUGGCAGCUCUGCUCUGCUCUGCUCACAACUGUGAGGAGGAGAAACAGAAUCUCUCCUUUCCUUUUUUGAGACAGGGUUUCAUGUUCUUGCCUCUACCUCCCAAGAGCUGGGAUCACAAGCUUUUGACACCUGGUCUGUUUCUGCAGUGCUGGGCUUGAACUCAGAGCCUCACAUGCUGGGCAAGCACUUUCUCCAGCUGAGCUCCAGCAGGCCCUUCCCUUUAGUGCUAGGACAGGCUCCAGAUUUCUAAUUUGGUUCACCUGCAAUACCACAGCUGAGAGUGAUUUUGGCUAAUGUGUAUUGGGGUAGACCGAAUGGUAAAUCCCAUGGACGGAUAAUCUUGUUUUAUCCCCUUAAUAAACCCAAAACAGCUGGGGACACAGGGACUCGAGGAUGAGGAGAUGCGGAUGAAGUGGAGGGGCUUCUGACAACACCAGAUGCCACCCUUUGCUGCCAGUGCUCACCAGUGGGUCUUUCUGGGGCUAUGCUGGAAACUGAUGGACUAGCCACUGAAGGAGGCAACCAUACUUUACCAUUAUAGUGAUAAUGAAGCCCCAGACAGACAGACACCCAAUGUCACACUAACCUCAGCCCAGAGCUAGAGGUGAGAGAGACAAGCGUGUCUGACCCCAGGCUUCGUUGUUCGUGAAUGAUAUUCUCAAAGCUGUUUAAAGUAAAUGAGCUAUUCCACCCUGCUCUCCCCUCCCCUGUCUUGUUUUGGCAUAGUGUUGUGUUUUUUGUUCUUUUUUUAAAUGUAAGCUUUAUUAAAAAAGAAAAAUACAUUCUUUUCCUAUUCAAACUCACACUGUGUUUAUGUUCUGCCUUUCAAAUGGCUGUGUGUCUGUGUGCAUGUACAGAAUUGUAAAGCACCUAGGCCCUCCUUUUUCUCAUGAAGUUUGUUUUAGCUUGGUUUUCCAAGAAAACAUUUCUCUGUGGAGCCCCGGCUGUCCUGGAACUCACUCUGUAGACCAGGCUGACCUCAAACUCAGAAAUCCACCUUCCAAGUGCUGGGAAUAUAGGUGUGUGCCACUAGCUUAGUCAGGCCACAUGUAAAGUUUUACCAGAAAUUUCCUUAAAUUUUGUUGAGACGAACAAAGAUAAUGUUAAGGAUUCUGUAUUAAAUUUGAAUUUAUGUGUGUUUUUGAAGUAUUUAAUAAAGCUUAGAUUUUUUUAUAGAGAGUUUUUGGUUCUUGUUGCUGUUGUCCAUUAAAAUCAACCUGUAAUAUG